AUGCUUUUCAAAACUGUGAAUGAAUUAACCAUCUUGAAUUUACCAUAUCCAAGAAUGGAAAGCAAAUUAAAUUCAGAAGAAUCACAUAAUACUACAAUUAUGGAGUUUGCUCUCGUGGGGUUUUCUGAUAUACCUAAUCUCCAGUGGAUUCUCUUUGGGAUAUUCUUCGUCAUAUAUCUGAUUAUUUUGUUGGGCAAUAGCAUCAUAAUACUGAUAACAAGAAUUGAUUCUACUCUCCAGAACCCCAUGUAUUUUUUCCUCGGGAAUUUUUCCUUCUUGGAAAUAUGUUAUGUAACAACCACAGUCCCAAGAAUGCUCAGGGACAUUUGGACCCAGAAAGGAAAUAUAUCUUUUUUGGCCUGUGCUGCACAAACGUGUUUUGUUUUUAUAUUUGGAGGUGCAGAGUGUUUGCUCCUGACAGCGAUGGCCUAUGACCGCUAUGUGGCCAUUUGUAACCCUCUGAACUAUCCUCUAGUCAUGAACCACAAAGUCUGUAUCCAGCUAGUGGCUGGCUCCUGGAUCAGUGGAAUUCCAGUCGAAAUUGGACAAAUGUGGCAGAUUUUCUCUCUGUCCUUUUGUGGGUCUAACAGAAUUAAUAAUUUCUUCUGUGACAUCCCCCAAAUACUCAAACUCACUUGUGGAGAAACAUUAGUGAAUCAGAUGGUGGUCUAUAUAUUUACUGUGUUGUUUUUAAUGGUUCCAUUUCUGUUGAUCGUUGCCUCCUAUGGCAAAAUUAUCUCCAAUAUUCUGAAAUUGUCCUCAGCCAAAGGGAGGGCCAAAGCCUUCUCCACCUGUUCUUCUCACCUGACAGUUGUAGUCUUAUUCUAUGGAACAGCUGCUAUCAAUUAUUUACAGCCCAAAUCAAAUAAAUCUGAAAGAUUGGGGAAGUUGCUUUCUCUUUUCUACACAGUUUUGACACCAGUGAUGAAUCCUGUUAUAUAUACUCUGAGGAACAAAGAUGUCUUCAUGGCACUGAAGAAAUUACUACCUAAUUAUUAA